UUCUUUAUCUCGCUUUCGUGUCUUUUUUGACGGAAAAUUGAAGUUACAUUUAAUUGUGAAUCACACGUGAGACAGAAACGUUUAAAUUACGAAAAAACCAUGGCUAUGCACAUACCGAAAGCACCGGGCAUGGCCCAAAUGCUCAAAGAAGGAGCACGUUAUUUUUCAGGUUUGGAAGAAGCAGUGUAUAGAAAUAUAACGGCAUGUAAACAAUUUGCACAAACUGUAAGAACUGCAUAUGGUCCAAAUGGCAUGAAUAAAAUGAUCAUCAAUCACAUUGAGAAAUUAUUUGUUACUAAUGAUGCUGCAACAAUCAUUAAUGAAUUAGAAGUUGACCAUCCAGCUGCUAAGUUGUUAGUUUUAGCUUCGAAAAUGCAAGAGGCAGAAGUUGGGGAUGGAACAAAUUUUGUUGUAAUUUUUGCUGGUGCACUCCUUGAAGCUGCAGAGGAAUUACUUCGUUUGGGAAUCACUGUUUCUGAAAUAGUUGAAGGAUAUGAAGCUUCAUUAGAAAAAGCAUUGGAAAUAUUACCCUCAUUAGUUGUCUAUGAAAUAAAAGAUUAUCGAGAUGAAAAAGCAGUAAAAGUUGGAAUUAAAACAGCUGUUAUGAGUAAACAAUAUGGAAACGAAGAUUUCCUUAGUUCACUUAUCACUCAAGCUUGCGUAUCCAUUAUACCUGAGAAAACUACUUUCAAUGUAGACAAUGUGCGUGUCUGUAAAAUACUUGGAAGCGGUUUAUCUAGUUCUCAGGUUGUACAAGGAAUGAUAUUCAAAAGACAAGUUGAAGGAGAUGUUACGAAAAAGACUAAUGCUAAAAUUGCUGUCUAUACCUGUGCUGUAGACAUUGUGCAAACUGAAACAAAAGGAACAGUAUUGAUAAAAUCAGCUGAAGAACUGAUGAAAUUUUCUCGAGGAGAGGAAUCCCUAUUAGAAACUCAAGUGAAAGCAAUUGCUGACAGUGGAGUUAAUGUAAUAGUUUCAGGAGGAAAAUUUGGCGACAUGGUUUUACAUUAUAUGAACAAAUAUGAUUUAAUGGCUGUUCGCAUACCUAGCAAGUUCGAUAUUAGAAGAUUGUGUAAGACUGUUGGUGCUACUGCACUUCCAAAAUUGAUUCCACCAUCAAAAGAUGAAUUGGGAUACGCAGAUUCGGUAUAUAUCGAGGAAUUAGGAGAAACACUAGUAGUAAAAUUUGCGAUAAAUAGCAAAGACAGUCGUGUUAGCACUAUAAUUGUACGAGGAUCCACUGAAAAUUAUAUGGAUGAUAUCGAACGUGCUAUCGAUGAUGGUGUUAAUACGUUCAAAGGAAUAACAAGAGAUGGAAGAUUUGUCCCUGGUGCAGGUGCUACUGAAAUUGAACUAGCUUCGCAACUUGUUAAGUACGCGGAUACCCUACCAGGUUUAGAACAAUACGCAGCGCGUAGAUUUGCAACUGCUUUAGAAAUAUUUCCAAGGACUUUAGCAGAGAACAGUGGAAGCCAUACUUCUGAACUGAUAUCGAAACUUUAUGUCGCGCAUAAGCAAGGCAAAAAGACAUAUGGUUUUGACAUUGACCAAAAGGGUGCAGCUCUUAUUGACACUCAGAAAGAAGGAAUCUUAGACUUAUUCUUAACAAAACAGUGGGGUUUAAAAUAUGCUGUUAGCGUUGCGUGCACUGUACUUAAAGUCGAUCAAAUUAUUAUGGCAAAACGUGCUGGAGGUCCAAAGGUUCCAGGUGGUGGUGUUCGCGACGAUGACGAGUGAUAAUAUACAAUUUCAUCGUAUUAUACUUUCAUUCUUCUAUUUAACUUAUAAUGUUGCAUUACAUUGGCUUUUAUUGAACUUUGUUAUGCAGGAAAAGCACUCGCGAAAAUAUUAAUGCAUUCAUUUUCGUACUGUAUGUACUACGUUACACGAUACUUUUGUAAUGAAAAUAUGUAUGUUAUUCACGAACAACAUUAAAAUGUACAUUAUUUUAUACUCUUUUUAAAAUUGAAAUGCACCCAAUUCUGAUAUAUACAUAAUAAAAUUCUAAUUAUUAUACGAUA